AUGUCUAAGGUGUCCAAGAAACUACCAGAGCCUAAUACAGAUAUGGAACAACCAACCGCAAGUUCCAGACAGCGGAAGAAGAUGAAUGUUCCUGAUCAACCCAGGACCAGAAGUGGCGGCAAGGCAUUGAAGACAACCAGGAAGAUUAAAAAAAACCUUCAAAGGACUUUGAGUAAAAAAGCCUCUAAAAAAACUACCAACCCUAUAAGAAAGUCUAAGAAGGCUAAAGGACCAACACUAUUCGGCCAUUAUCACAGGCUGAAUGAGACAUUAAGUGAAAAUCAAAAUGAGCUGCAGCAGAAGCAAGAGGUAGCGGAGAAGCCCACUACUUCAACUGGUGACCUGGGUGGCCAGUAA